CAUUUUCACCUCUUUCGACUUAAGUCGUCGUUGUCUUCGUGCGAGCUUGCUGCCGCAGCAAGCAAGGCCAUGCGCGCGCACCGCAUCCUACUGCACUGAGGCUGCGGCGAUGACGUCACGGUUCACUGGCUGGCUUGCAAGCGAGUUUGACGAGUUAACCUUGUCGUCUUUAUGGCGAAUGGCUCUUUUCUUUCGCCGUCUCAGAAACGGAGUUGUGACUAGUUGAAACGACACACCGAAGGACGCGUGACGUCACGUCGGUUUGUUUUUAUUGACUUUUGGGACCACCUCGAUUUCCCCAGGAAAGACGUGCAAUACGGACCCGGGCGCACAAACGAAAGCCCAAAAGAUCAACGUAUAACUCAGGCAAGAAUGUUUUGUGGCCGACGAGCUGUAAAUAAAAAGAGACCCGCGCGAUACUGUUUGACGACAUCAUGGCAUAUGAUCAAUGGUCAGGUGAGGCGAGGCGAGUCGCAGUCAUCUUGCACGGAACGCAAUCCAGCCAUGAUAUUGGAAGUCGUUUGGGGCGGGAAAUUGUCAUGCUGACCACAGGACGAUGUCGUCGACGUGGAUGACAACGCCUCGCGGCGACUUCGUCGGGUCGCCGUGACGACCGCCACUCUUCACACCACUGCUCCGUGGUUUUUUUAGGUUUUGAUUUUUGUCAGCUGGAUAAGAAAAUCGAAACCUAAAGAAAAAAUGGCGCAGAUGGCCGUCUCGUCUGUGUUUUUCCCCUUCCCGGGCGGUGUGACGAGUCCCGCCGUCUCCUAAAAGUCGCUGUCCCGCCGACGGAAGCUUCGACGUGCGUGGCGGCGGAGUGGUUGGGGCCGCUCUCCCUGGUGAGAAAAGUAACAGACAAGCUCCAUGCCCUCCUGGUCUCCGUGGCAACUGGAUGCCAGUGAAAACGCCCCGUGUGUCACGUGACAGCCAGCCCCGGCCGGCACCUCCAAGCUAACUUUGAAGUGCCGACAACACAGAGAUCAACGAGGUCCAGGAGGAAUCCACAAAGGAGAUGUCCAAGACUUGAAGAGCAACUCGCUUGGCCUAUGAUGAGGCUUUUGGGACAGCUGCCGUUCCAACGAUGGCUGGUCACGGUUUCCAAGAAACACUUUUCCAGUCCUGUUUUUGGAACGGGCGGCCAUUUCUCUCCUGGUGAACACGUGCGUAUGUGCGUCUUUGGUCUUGGCCGCAAACGCGAAUGCCAGAGCGAGGGACGUCCCGUGGUGGCCAUUUUGCAACGCUCCGUUUGACUUUGUGAAGGUUUUGAAACGGAUCCACGCCUCCGCCGUAUCAAGACUGGCGGCUUUCGCGAGGCGUGGAAAAAUUGUGGCAAUGAAACUCUUGAUGUCUUGCUUGCUGCCGUUAUGCAAGCGGCGCAUCUCAGUGGGCCACCACCGUUUUGUGUUGCAUUGAAUAAAAAAUGUUUUGGAUUUAUCCCAUUUAAGUUUAGUAUCAGCUGACAUGUGCGCUGGACUGCCGUAAAACGGGCCUUCUCAAGAUGACUUCCAGCUUCGCGCUUUGAAAAUGGCACUUUAAUCAUGGCUGUUUUCGCAAGGUGGCCAAAACAAUUGUGGCUGGGGCUGAUUCACAAAGACUCGGGUUCCAUUUUUGGUGCCAAGCUGUCUGUCCCGUCAUCAUGACAGCGUCAUGGGGUCUCAUCCGGCCCGUGGAGAGAGACUGCAUUCAUUUACUGCACUGCAAUUUUGCAAUCGAAGCGAUUGUCAUUGCUCAUUCUGCCCACCAGAGGACGCACUUCAGCCCGACGUAGUCCAACUUGCGUGUUGCUUCUUGAGCUUCGCUCUCAUUUGACAUAAGAGUUGAAGUGAAAGAGUUAAGUUGUUAAGUUGGGGGCUCACCUGACCUGACAGCGCCCCGCCCCCCCCCCCCCCCCCCCACACACACACAAAAUCCGCACGAGGCCCUGCGCUUAGCUUCGCAACUUUGCUUCGCUCUCACGCGUGGAAAUGAGCCGAUCUCCGACUGAUUGACAGCUGCGCGUCCGACUGUGUGACGUCAUGGAAGUCCCGCCGCUCCUGGUGGCGCUGAUGGUGACGUCACAGGUGUUCGCAGACACGAGCGCGUCCUCAUCGGGCCAUCGCGUUAGCAAGCGCUACACCAUCAACCCGCUCGGGUACAAGUGGACGCACGCAAACAUCACGUACAGGUUGGAGUCGUUUCCCGACACGCUGAGCGCGGACGCCACCAGGCAAGCGCUCAGCUCGGCCUUCUCCAAGUGGAGCGACGUGUCGCCGCUCAGCUUCACCGAAGUCCGCCAGCGCGACGCAGAUAUCACCAUCGGUAGUGCUACCCGCAACCCGGCGCGCGCGCGCGUCUGUGAGUGUAAACGGGCGUGCAAGUACGUCCUUUAUUUGUGUGCACCGCCGCAAGGUUUCUACGCGUUGAACCACUCGGACUGCGCGUCGUCUCCUCUCCAUCCGUGUUUCGAUGGCAUCAACGGCGAGCUGGCCCACGCCUUCCUCCCACCACGUGGUGAGAUCCACUUUGACAAGCACGAGUUCUGGAUCAUCGGGAGGUCCCGCUUCAGCUGGAGCCGAGGCGUGUGGCUUAACGACCUGGUCCAGGUGGCGGCGCACGAGAUUGGACACGUGCUGGGUCUGUGGCACUCGGCCGACCCGCACGCCCUCAUGAACCCCAACGCCACCACCACGGGCCAGAGGGACGUCGGGCCCGACGACGUCCGGGCCAUACGGAGGCUCUACGGCUGCGUGGACAAGAGGCGGGCGUGCGAGCGCUGGGCGGGCUCGGGCCUGUGCCAACGUCGCAAGCGGCUGAUGAUGAGGACCUGCCCGCGCCGCUGCCGCCUGUGCUCGGAGGCCCCGGAGGCCAUGACCACACCGCCGCCGCCCGCUAAUGUCAGGGUGAAGGUGGUCUCGCGCGGGAAGGUGGUGGGCUUCCGCUGCGGCACCAAGAACCUACCAUGGCCCGCACCCAAAGUCAGCUGGUACAAAGACGGCGAGCGCAUCGCAGCCUCCGUCCCGGGACAUAUUGCGCUGAAAGGUCGCGACCUCCGCAUCGUGGCCAACGAGUUCAACGAGGGCGUCUACACCUGCCACCUCCACGGCCGCGCCCCGGCCGCCAACUCCUGGAGCGUCCGACUCCGGCCGGCCGGCCGCAGCUGACCCGCCCGCCCGCCCGCAAAGCGCGUCGACGUGACGCUGUGCUUCGGCAUCCGUUAGGGCGGGGCUGUCCAAAGCGGGCCCCGGAGUGCCUUUAAGAGUAUUUGAUGACGUUAGAGUGCAUGGAGGCGUAUUUUAGAUUCCUUUUCCAGUUUUCCCAGUAGAUUUGGCCGCUCACUUUGACUUCCCCCCCCAACAGCUGCAUCAUUAAGUACUGUGAGCGAUUGAAGCGCUUAUGCAGCUUUCAUUUGAUGAAUUUCAGCUGCGAGCAAAGUGGCGUACAUCUCGUUAGCAUGCGAGCUACGCUAAGGCGGUGCCCUUUGAACUUGACUCUUAACAAGCCGGUGUCAGAUGGUUGACGUCUUUUCUUGUCUCGGCGGUCAGGUGGCAAACAUUUAGAAAGGCCCGGUCGCCGUGGAAACCAAGCGGGCCGCCUGAGAAACUUUCAUUAGAAAUGACUGACAAGCGCAGCCGACGAUCAACAACGGCCGUGAAUAAUACUCGUCACGUCGACGGCGGAUGCCGGUUACCGUGGCGAUGUGGUGGCUGCCUUUUAUUUUUUUUGGUGUCCGCUCACGUCGCCUUUCCUUUUUCUAAAUCUCGUUUGGGGUUCGCCAACGUUUGGCUUGAAUAAAAGUCACACGAGCACAAAAGUCUCCUCUGCUCACAAAAGUC